AUGCCAGCUCCUUAUAGGGCGCCGGCAACCCUGCUAUGGCGCGGGGCACUGGCUUUCCAUACUCUGACGCCCAUACGAUUUGUGAAUACCUCGACACUAUCCAUUGCCUACUAUGACUCGGCGCCAAGAGACUCAGCCGCACCAGUUGCCAUCCUGGUCCACGGGUUUCCGUACUCGAUCGACACCUAUGUCGACGUUGUGCCCAAGCUCUCGGCCAAGGGCUAUCGCUUGAUAGUGCCAUAUCUGCGUGGCCAUGGCACCACCUCGUUUCUCUCGCCAAGCACCCCCCGCAGCGCGGAACAGGCCGCCCUGGGCAAGGAUAUCGUCGACCUGAUGGACGCUCUCAGCACCGACAAGGCCAUCUUUGCGGGCUUCGACUGGGGCUCCGUUGCCGUCAACGUUGCCGCAGCCCUGGGACCGGAUCGCUGUACCGGCAUGGUUGCUGCAAAUUCAUGCCUCAUCCAGAACCGCCAGACGGCAUGGGCCACGGCGCCCUCGCCAUCUCUUGCCACGCGCUGGUUCUUGUACGUCCUGCUCACACCGCAAGCUUAUAGCGCGCUGGCCAUGGAACUGGAUGCGGCGGUUCCGGCGUUUCGCUACCCAGACUAUGUCGACAUCGCGACUAACUUUUACAAGAACCGCCUAUUGUAUGCGCCCGGCGACCCAGCCUAUGCGGAAUUGGCCGGCGACCUAGACUUGCUGCCCGUCAUCAGAGUCCCCUCCGUGACGCUGGACCCGGACCAGGCUCCUGUCUUCCCCGCGACGAAUGGCUCGUCAACUGCGCAGCACUUUUCGGGCCCGCGAGUCCAUCAUAUCGUGCAAGGCUGUGGCGAGAAUAUUCCUCUUCAAAGCCCACAAGUCUUUGCGGAAGCGGUCCUGGAAGUCGCGGCUCUCGGGAGGCGCCAUAAUUAA